AUGGCUGCAAAGAGGAAACAUUAUGUAUCGUUAGGUUUGGCAUCAUUAUACGAUGAUUUAGAUUCUACGUCAAACGAUGCGGAAAGCAGUAAUAAUGUAACAAAACUUGCUGACAAUGAUAAUAAUGAUAAUGAUGACGAUAAAGUUUUAUCAGCUAAGAAAUUGAAGGAAGAUAUGAAAAGCGAUAUGGCUGAACGAUUUAACGCAUCGAAUUUGGGUGCUGCCUGCAGCAAAAUGUUGUUAAGCGUAUGUGGAUGGCGAAAAGGUGAGCGUGAAGAAAUGCAGGAUGCGCAUUCACUGCACGAUCAUUUCGAUGUUGCAGUUAACGAUGUGAAAAGAUGUGCGUUCUACGCAAUUUUCGAUGGGCAUGCAGGCCGUAAUGCCGCUGAUUAUGCAGCAAAAUAUCUUCCUGAGAAACUUAGACGAAAACUCUCCAAUUGUUUCGAUUUGGUUUCAAUUGAAAAAUCCAUGAAAAAAAUUUUUAUCGAAACUUAUAAACAAAUUGACGAACAAUUUCUCAUUGAAGCUAGGAAAAUAAGACCUUCAUGGAAAGAUGGUACAACGGCAACUACAAUAAUCAUUAUCAAUGAUACAGUUUAUUGCGCGAAUAUAGGUGAUUCGAAGGCCGUUGUUUGUCGCAGUAAAUCUCCAGGUACAUUUUUACCCUUACAGUUAACCGUUGAUCACUCGCCUAUACAUUUUGAAGAACGUAUGCGAAUUCAAAAAGCAGGAGGCAAUGUCAAGGAUGGCCGUGUGAUGGGUAUAUUGGAAGUUUCAAGAUCGAUAGGUGAUGGUCAGUUUAAAGCCUACGGUGUAAUUUGUACGCCUGAUGUGAAAAAAUUCUCCAUAACUCUCGAUGAUCGGUUUAUUAUCAUGGCAUGUGAUGGCUUGUGGAAAUCAUUCAGCAGUCAAGAAGCGGUUGAAUUCGUUAUUAAAAAAGUUGAAGAAUUAAAGGUUGUAUCAAAACCAGCCGAUAAGGACAGUUUGGAUGACCCACGAUAUUCUUUAUGGGAGAAAGUUGCUGAUCAGUUAGCUGCAGAAUCGGUAAAACGAGGAUGUGGUGAUAAUGUUUCAGUGAUUAUAAUUCUUCUCAGUGAAAUGCUUUAG